CUGUGUAUGUGGGAGACACAGAUGGACUGAACACAGCAUCUCGGUCUUACCUAUCCUUCACGUUUUUUCACCCUCCCUCGCUCCCCCCUACAGCUCGGAAAUAGGUCCUUCGGCCCACCGAAGUUGCCAGGUCUAGAGGGUGUGCGCUGUAGGGAGAGGUUGAGCGGGCUGGGACUCAAUUCCUUGGAGCGCAGGAGGAUGAGGGUUGAUCUGGUAUUCCGGUCUGUUUGUAGGAGACGCCAUGUUCGUCUGGGCGAGCGUGAUAUGACGGCUACGGGGGGGUCGGAUCAGUUAAUCGAUGCGGAGAUGGUGAUCCGACAUCCCAAAUACGAUUAUUACACCAGGGACAACGACAUCAUGUUGAUCAAACUGUCCCGGCCCGCCGCCAUGAACCGCAAUGUGGUCGCCGUUCCCCUGCCCACGCAUUGCGCGCAGACCGGCCACAUGUGUCUCAUCUCCGCCUGGAGCCGCAACUGGAGCCCACGUGAGACUCCGGGACUGGUGGGGGAG